UAACGAUUUACAUGUGGAAGAAUCAGAGCACGUUUUAUUGCUCACCGUUUCACAGUAACAUGGUUCGCUUGUUAGCAGUUGCAGUGACCGCUCUUGUUAUCUCUGAGGUCUAUGGAAGAACGGCAUAUAUUCCAGCCAAUGCAAACAAGGAUGUGCACCGCUCCGCGCUGAUGGGACAAAACGACCCAUUCUGGGCUCGCAGCGAGGGGAAUGAGCUGGAAUUCGAGGGAAAUGAUGACAGCGGCUCAGUGGAGGAGAACUUGAAAAGCCCAUUUCUAAAUAACCACAGGGUCUCGUACGAAAACAUUGACGAUGACGUUAUCCCAUCGUCAAGGAGUGCUCGCGAACACGAAAACAACGAUGGAAUCUUUGAGGGGCGCGUAAGGUCGGGCGGUUAUGAUCAUCCUUUCAAGCGUGCCCGCAUUCCCAUUCCCUGCUCGCGUUGCUGUAAAAUUGUCAGGUGUACUGCUAUCUAUGAUCACAUGUGUAAUUGUGAGAAGUGAAGGAUGCAGCAUGGAGCCAGGAGGCAUAAUGUAGUUGUUAACAAUAACUUCAAAACGUCACUGAAACGAGCACAACUCCUCUAGAACGGUAUAAAUUACUGUUCUAAGCAUCUUCAAAGUAGUCAUAGGAAAAUGAUAUGUCUUUUUUCUUGUUGAGUCAUAUGAAAAGAAGGGAUAAAUGGAAGAAUAAAAAUGAAACAGGAAAAGGAAAAA